GCAACAUUUUUUGACAUUUGCUAAUAAAGUAAAACACAACAAAAAAUAAUGCCAAAAUUUGUUUACAUAUUACAUUUUGACAUUUCAUGAAAUUUUGUGUACAUUUGUAAGAGUUAGUGAAUAUUUGUAAUCUGCUAUGGAAGUUGAAUAUGAAGAAGAUGGUUGGAUCCAAAAGUCUAAAACCGGUGAAGAUGAGGAGAAUCCUGAGUUGGAGAACCCGCAAGAAGUAUUGCGGGAGUGUUUAGAAAGGUUCUCAACUCCCGAUUAUAUUAUGGAACCUGGUAUUUUUACACAAUUGAAAAAAUACUUUCAAGCCGGUGGCACUCCUGAACAAGUUAUUAACCUAUUGUCGGAAAACUAUAAAGCUGUUGCUCAAAUGGCUAAUCUGCUGGCCGAAUGGUUGAUUUUAGCAGGAGUAAAAGUAACAGACGUUCAAGCAAUGGUUGAAAACCAUUUGAAAGACAUGAUUUUAAGAACUUUUGAUCCUAAAAAAGCAGACACCAUAUUUACAGAAGAAGGUGAAACACCAGACUGGUUAACUGAAAUGAUUGACCAUCAUACGUGGCGUUCUUUAAUAUACCGCCUUGCUGAAGAAUAUCCUGAUUGCUUAAUGUUAAAUUUUACUAUAAAGCUUAUAUCAGAUGCCGGUUUCCAAAGCGAAAUAACAUCAAUUUCUACAGCGGCACAGCAAAUUGAAGUAUUUUCCAGAGUUUUAAAAACUGCUAUUUCAAAAUAUCUCAGUAAUCCAGAAGACAUUCAAAGCGCUAUACAAGAAUGUGCUCGAAUGGUAUGUCAUGGCCAACACACAUAUGUUUACUCGCAAGUAUUAGUCGGAGUUCUGGCACAAGAAUCUAAAGGGGGAUUCGUAAUGAAAAGACUUUCGCAGGAAAUUACAAAAUACGCUCUGACGAUAAACCAAAAUGUUACUCCUAUAACAAUGGCAUUGAAUGGUUCUGCGGCCUAUCCACAAGCUUGUCAAGCUUUAUCAUCCAUGCUUUCAAGAAAUACAUUGAACCCCGCUGAUAUAACCGUUUUAUUCAGAAACUAUUCUGUUGCAGAUCCACCUCCAAUUGAUUUAAUACGAAAUCCACAAUUUCUGGAUUUGCUUGUAGAUUCGCUAUUUAAAGCUGGUGUGAAAAUUAAUCCAGAACAUAAAUCCAAAUAUAUAUAUUUGUUGGCUUAUGCGGCAAGCGUUGUUGACACACCAGGAAAGAAAGGCCCACAAGGUAAAAGAACCCUUAAUAAAGAGGAGUUGAAGUCAACUAGCCAAGCCAUUGAAAAGGUUCACCAAAUCUGUAAUGUUAAUAAGGGAUCAACAGAAUUAAUAGCUGAACUUUCGACCAUCUAUAAUUGUAUCAGAUAUCCAGUAGUAGGUGUUGGUGUUAUUAGAUGGAUUGAAAAUACUGUUACGGAGCCUUCGUAUUUUAAAUUGUCUACUGACAGUUGUCCAACGCAUUUAGCAAUAUUAGAUGAAGUUGCAUCUAUACAUUCUUCUUUACACGGAACAAUUUUAAAUUUAUUGAUUCGCCUUUUUGAAUCAAAACAAGAUGAGUUAGAAAUUUUAGUGCAGCUUGAAAUGAAAAAAAUGUUAUUAGAUAGAAUGGUAAACCUCUUAACACGAGGAUGUGUUGUUCCAGUUGUAAAAUAUGUUAAACAAUGUUGUCAAAAAGGAGAUACAGAUAUCUCUUUAAUUAGAUAUUUUGUAACUGAAGUUCUAGAAACAAUAACUCAUCCUUAUUCACUUGAAUUUGUUCAAUUAUUUUUACCUAUGGUAGAAAAUGAAGAAAUCACUGGUUCAAUGAGAGGUGAAGGUGAUAAUGAUCCUGUAUCAGAAUUUAUUGUUCAUUGUAAAGCGCAUUAUACGACAGUAUAGAAUUUUCGUAUAAAUAAAAUAAUUUAAAAUGAAUUAUGCACAAAAAUAAAUAAAUAAUUUUAGGACGGAAUGAAAAACAAAAUAAAAACUAUAAUUUAGGAAUAAGUACAUUUAAUUAUUAAAAUUUUUAUAAAAAUGAAAAUUUUAUAACUGCAUUAUUUUUAAAAAUUAAGUAUAUAUAUUUAAUUUUAUUACCUCCAGGUUUUAACUUUAAAAAGCUCCGAAAUUUGGAGAGUUAAUUUAAUUUUUUCUAUAAUAUUAUAUUUUUCUCACAAACUAAUAAAUCUUUUAUAAUUUGUAUAAAUGUUUCUUUAUAUUAAAAUUCAGUCAUAUUGAAAUUCAGUUGUUAAACUAAUUAAUUCUCAAUUAGAUUAAUAUUGAAAAAUUGUUUUUAAUAUAGAAUAGGUACAUUAUGUUAUUUGUACGUUCGUUCUUUAGCAUUAGUACUAACGGCCAAACAGAAAACGAAAUUGAAGCGAUUUAGUAUCUAUAAACUUUUAUAUAAUUCUCUUUAAAAUAAAUUUCAUUCAUUCUUUAAAUGAUUCAUUACCAAAAUCUUCAUAAAUUAUAUUAAAAGAAAAUAUAAUAAACUUUUCACUAUCAACUUAGAUUUGGACAAUCCGCAGGGUUCUAUUACACCUUUCGCUUUUUACCCUUUUUUAAUUAAUUAAUGAAAAAAAUUUUAAAAAUGCAAAUAUACAUUAGCAGCAAACGGCAACAGAUCGGAAUGAUUGGAGGCGUUUUAUAAAUCAGGCUAACCGGGCUCUAACGCCAUGAAAGAAGAAGAAGAAUCAAAAAAUUUUAUAAAGUUCUAUUGCACCAAGAGUUAAAACGCUAAAAAAUUAUACCAACAAAAAAAGUAUUUUUUUUAAAAAGUCACAAAGUAAAUUCAAAAGAAAUAGUAAAAAUCAGUUGGUGCAAUAGUGCUCAGAUAUAAUAUAAAAAGUAAUUAAAGAAAAAUAGUAAUUAUCAAGAUCAUCAAGUACGAGUAUAAUAUAUACAAUAAAGAGUAUAAAUAAAAUAGAAUUUAUAUAGUAUUGGGUAUUAAAAUUAAAUAAACGUGGAUUUUUCACGAUCUCAUCUUGAUGAUAGUUAUUUGAUUUAAAUUAAGAAAUGUACAUAAAAAGCAUAAAAUCUAGCAAUUUUAU